UCUCUAGUCCUCGGCCCAAUCAUAGAACUGUUAGGCUUGUUUGACGUCCCCACAUCCCUAAUACUCCGAGUUCCAACAUUUGAUGGCAGCAUCAAACUCGGACAUUCGGAAAAAAUGGUCAUUAAACUUGCGGCAUUGAGUGUGGCAACCAUAUUCUGUGGCAUUCAUUGUAUAGCUUGGUUUUUUACCUUCGUCACACAUCAGGAACAGCUCUUAUGGCGCAUAUGGGCCCUCGGUAUACUGGCACACCCUGGCUUUUCCUUUGUGUGACUGCCCCAUUCGAUCCACUUUUCUUUUGUAAUCCAGGUACCCUGGUGCAUAUAGAUCUCCUGACUGGACUUUUAUUGUACAUUACAGCUCGUGCCAUCUUGUUGGUACUCAUGUUCACCACUUUACGACAUCUUCCUGGUGACGCAUGCCAGGCGGUGUCAUGGAUUGGUUUGGUGCCGCACUUGUAGUUCCUGAUUACGGUACUUGUAUGAUAAGCACAAAUGAUAAAUAU